CGCACGAGGACGAGGCAGGCUACUAGUAGUCCGUUCCUUCCCUUUGAACGGUACGAACGACUAACCGAGAUUCUCCUUCGUCAUUUUCGAAUUUAUCAUUUAUCAUUUAUAAAAAAAAGGAAAAAUUAAUUAAGAGAUAAAAAGUGAUAAAGGAAGGAAGAAGAAGGUGUGUACGCGGACACGAAAAGUGUUCGAGGGAGAGAUCGAGAAAAGAAAAAUCGAUAAAGGACCGUGCGAUAAUGUUACUUCGUUACUAUCCUCUUUUCGUUCAUAUCCAUCAUCGUCACCGAGAGGAAGAUCUCUUCUUCGCUGACGCGAAAACGAUCCGAAAGGGAAGAAGUUCGUGAAUUCGCAGGUAGCGCAUUAGCCUCCUCUUCUAGAAUGUGAAGGCACGACGAAAAUGCACUUAACGAAGGGAAGCGUUCCGAAAGUCUGCCUGUUGUUGCUACUUUUUUUCCUACAAGGUGGCAGGUGCAUCAAGUGGCUAGCUCUCGGUCGCAUGGCCGAUGCUCGAACGUGGACAAAGGACUCUUGCACCAACGCCAAGAGCUCUGGUCUUCUCGAAAGAAAACAGGCGCGAGCUUGCAGGGCAACUCCCGAUGUAAUGCCUAGUCUGGUCCAAGCCGCGAGGGAUACUUCGAUCGUUUGUCAACAAGCAUUCAGACAUCGUCGUUGGAAUUGUAGUAGCAUCGAGGGUGCUCCUAAUUAUACUCCCGAAUUACUAACAGGAACGAGAGAGCAAGCAUUCGUUUAUGCGAUGUCGGCGGCAGCGGCUGUCUGGAGAUUGGCAAGGGGUUGUGCAUUAGGCAACUUAGCGGCUUGCUCCUGUGCAACACCACCAAGAAAGGAGCCACCUUCUCCAUCGGCCUUAGUAUCUUCCUCCUCGCUAGCGACGGCAACUAUGUCAUUUGGUGGACUAACCGGUAGGAAUACAUUCAAGUGGGGUGGUUGCGGUGACGACGUUAGAUCUGCCUCGAGGAUGGCCAAAAGAUUUCUUCAGGGUGCGACUCCUCCGGGUACCGGACCAACAGCCAAAUUUUUACACGCCGUUAAUAUGCAUAACAACAGAGCCGGACGAAGAGCAGUGGAGCAGUCAUUAACUUUGGAGUGCAAAUGCCACGGCGUUUCCGGUUCUUGCAGCGUCCGUACUUGUUGGAGAGGUUUAGGUUCUUCCGGUCCUUCCGUAGCUGGAACUCGUCUUCUUCGAAGGUAUGCCACCGCCGCCGAAGUUAAACCUAGAUCCGGUGGUAGGCUGCCACCUCUCUAUCAUCACGAUAAUCUAUUGUAUACCACCAAGAGUCCAGAUUAUUGUCUUCCGGACAAGAAAAGGGGUAGCCUUGGAACCAUAGGCAGGCAAUGUAAUGGCAGUAGCACGGGUUACGAGGGUUGCGAGUAUCUUUGUUGCGGUCGAGGUCACGUUACGAGAACCGAAGAGAUUCUCGAAAGAUGCAAUUGCAAGUACAUAAGUUGCUGCUACGUCAAGUGCAAGACAUGUAGAAGAAUCGUGGAGACUUACGAGUGCAAUUGAACUAUCGAAUCUUACAAAAGAUUACGGAUUAAUCUCUUUUACGAGAUAAUAUUAUUUAUGCAUUUUUCUGCAAUAUUUAUUACGUACCGUGUCUUUUAUGUCGUUGCUUAAACGUAAUAUAGUUAAUAUUAAUAUAGGCACGACUAAUUUUUCUAAUCGAAACGGUAUAGAGAACGAUUGUAUUUCGUGUGUACGUAGAAUUGUCAUACGUAUAUUUGUAUUUGAUUUAAUUGGUCCGUAUAAUUAAAUAUUCUGUAUAAAAUUAGAUAUCGUGUAGCGAAAUGAUGCGAUAAAUGAUAAGUAUCAUUUUAGUAUGUCGAUAAGUAUAAUAUCGUAGCUCGAAAAUACUGUAAAUAGAAUGGAGCAUGCGCGCUCGCGCGAUUUUCAUGUUUUACGUUAGAAAUAUCAAUCUGCAAAAUAAAUAACAUUUUAUUAGGUGUGCUAAUA